UAUCAGUUGUUGUAGGUGGCAGCACAGCAUCACGUGAAUUUUCAUGGCGGUGUUGUAGGGCUAGUCCCGUAUAGUCUUGUGAUUUCACCAAAAAUCUGCUGUUUCGAUUAUUUAGUGUUAAACAGCAUAAUUUUUUGAAUACCGGUGGUGAAGAUGAGUGAAUACUGGCUGAUCAGUGCCCCCGGCGAUAAGACAUGCCAACAGACAUGGGACACCCUCAACAAUGCCACCAAAUCUGGCAACCUCAGUGUCAACUAUAAAUUUCCAAUUCCUGACCUCAAGGUGGGAACACUGGAUCAGUUGGUGGGGCUGUCAGAUGACCUUGGAAAGCUGGACACCUUCGUGGAAGGUGUUACACGAAAAGUGGCCCAGUACCUCGGAGAGGUUCUUGAAGACCAACGGGACAAGCUCCAUGAAAAUCUGAUGGCCAACAAUAGUGACCUGCCGACCUACCUGACGCGCUUCCAAUGGGACAUGGCCAAGUAUCCCAUCAAGCAGAGUCUGCGUAACAUCGCUGAUAUAAUCAGUAAACAGGUGGGUCAGAUCGACGCGGACCUGAAGGUGAAGUCAUCAGCAUACAACGCUCUCAAAGGCAAUCUGCAGAAUUUAGAGAAGAAACAAACUGGCAGUCUGCUGACCCGUAACUUGGCUGAUCUGGUGAAGAGAGAGCACUUCAUCCUUGACAGCGAGUACCUCACUACGCUGCUUGUCAUCGUGCCCAAGUCGAUGUUCAACGACUGGAACGCGAACUACGAGAAGAUCACCAACAUGAUAGUGCCGCGCUCCACGCAGCUCAUACACCACGACAACGACUACGGACUAUUCACCGUCACGCUCUUCAAGAAGGUAGUGGACGAGUUCAAGCUGCACGCGCGCGAGCGCAAGUUCGUUGUGCGCGAGUUCUCCUACAACGAGGCGGACCUCGCCGCGGGCAAGAACGAGAUCACCAAGCUCGUCACCGACAAGAAGAAGCAGUUCGGUCCUUUAGUGCGAUGGCUGAAGGUGAACUUCUCCGAGUGCUUCUGCGCUUGGAUACAUGUUAAGGCUCUGCGCGUCUUCGUUGAAUCCGUGCUGAGAUACGGGCUGCCGGUGAACUUCCAGGCGGCGGUGGUGGUGCCGGCGCGCAAGAGCAUGAAGAAGCUGCGCGACGUACUGCAGCAGCUGUACGCGCACCUCGACCACUCCGCGCACCAGGGCCACGGACAGGCCUCGGAGAACGUGGAGAUAGCGGGUCUCGGGUUCGGUCAGUCGGAGUACUUCCCGUACGUCUUCUACAAGAUCAACAUCGACAUGAUAGAGAAGGCCGUCUAGUUGCUCUUAUAUAUAGGUAAUGUUACCAGUGGUGGGCGCCGCGUAGUAGUCGCACUGUUACAUUGUACAAUUUAUUUUAUUCCCAGUUGUAGUAAUUCUAGCAACACCGGCCUCCUGUCAAGCAAAUAUUAAAUCAAUUUAUUUUUUUCCUAUAUAUUUUUUCUAUGUACAGAAUUUUUUGAUCAAACGAUU